UGCGUAUUUGUGCCUCCUCGUGUGUCUGGUUAGACCGGAAAGUUCGGCUGCACACUGGGCAGGUUCUUCCAGCUCGAGCGUUUGUAAGUUGCCUUGCUUCUUUUUUCUUUCAGUGAUAUAGGGGACUCUUCCAUUUUACAGAUGUGGCCUUAUCAUCGCUACCGAGACUGCUUCAGGAGUGUGUGGAUGCUUUGCUUUUCGAAGAACUUCAGUGUCAGAACAGAUUCUGAAAGAUAAGAUUGAACAAUGGCAGAAAGUAACAUAGAGCAGAAUGGAGACAUUUCCAAAAAUAAUGCAGGAGAGACUAUUUCAUUAAAGGGUGGCACCCAUGAAGAGGAUACCAACAGUUUAGAGGCAGGAUACACUAACUCACGAAUGAUGGAACUGACACCUCUUUGUGACUCUGUGGAAACUAGUGAUGCUAACAACAGUUGGAAGAUGCCUGUGGACAUAUUCUCAGCCAAAAAACAACAGGACUACAAAAACUGUAGAAAGAGAGUUAGGUCUUAUUACAAAGCCCAAAACAAACUCAUCACUGCCUAUGAAGACAUCUCACUGGAGGUUGAGGUGGACAUACCAACAGAAGUUCACCCCCAUGUUAAUCUUAAGAAGGCAGCAUUUUUCUCAAAGAUAACUCUCCUCAUCAACUUCUUACUGCUUGUUGCCAAAGCUGUGGCUAGUGCUCUUUCUGGGUCUAUCUCAAUUAUUUCCAGCCUGAUGGAUUCCUGCCUGGACCUCGUCAGUGGCAGCAUCAUGUGGUGGGCAACUAGAGCAGUGAAGAAUCGUGACCCUUACAACUACCCACAGGGUCGCACAAAGCUGGAGCCAGUGGCUAUCAUUAUUUUGUCUGUUUUCAUGUGGCUGUGCUCAGUGCAGCUGAUUAGAGAAGCCAUUGAGAAGAUCAUAGGCCUGAGUGACAUGUCUUCAUCUCUCCCAGAUAUUGAUGCUCCUACAUUUGCUAUAGCCGGGAGCACUGUUGUGAUAAAGCUUAUCCUUUUUUUAGUGUGCAGGAAAAUCAACUCUCCCAUUGUCCAGGCAUUGGCUCAGGAUCACAGAAAUGAUGUCAUGUCCAACUUUGUAGCCAUUGUGUUUGGCUAUCUGGGCUCAAGGAAUUUUAAUGAGAUUGUACACAAGUACGAGUUUGCAUAUCUUGACCCCAUUGGUGCCAUUUUGAUCAGUUUAUACAUCAUGUACAAUUGGUCGAAAACUGGGUGGAAACAAAUGAAGCUCCUGACCGGUCACACUGCCCGUCCAUCUUUUCUAAGUCAGUUGACCUGGAUCUGCUUCAAUCACCACCCCCUGAUCCAACAUAUUGAUACUGUCAGGGCCUUCCACUUUGGCAGCAACUUUCUGGUUGAGGUGGAUAUCAUACUGCCUGGUGAUCUGCCCCUUAGGGAAGCACAUGAUAUAGGGGAGAGUCUCCAGCAUAGGCUUGAGAGCGUACCAGAGGUAGAGAGGGCUUUUGUACACUUAGAUUAUGAGUUCACUCACAAGCCCCACUCAGAACAUAAAAUUGUGUGAUAGUCUGUGUAGAUAUGUAUAUUGAAAACAAAAUUUGUAUCUAUCUCAAUAUUGGCUUCGCACACAAUGAAUGUUGUGGACAGUUGUAUAAGUUACAAAAAUGUAAAUCACAAUUAUAUAAAAGCUAUUUGAUAAUGCUUUGAUUAAUAUUCAACUGGGGCUCUAAUACUGUGUAUUGGUUCUCAGAGGCUGAUGUUUGAAAAGUUUAACCUGUAAAAGACUUCUUAUUGUUUUUUUGUUUUUAUGUUUUGUUUUGAUGAGAUUUUGUUAAAUUAAUACCUUGUGAUUUUUGUUUACACAUGGUGAUCACUAAACAUAAGAAACAAGCUGAAAUAUUUCUUGCCACUAUGCAGCUAAGGCUCUUACUUCUGAAUUUAUAUUAAUGAUUAAGUUGCUGUACCAAAUUAUAUUUGUUUCAGUUUUGAACUAGAAGGCUGGCAUGAAGCAUAUUUUAAAAGUCAUUCAACAUUCUUUCUUUAGUAAAUUGUACUUAUGUUAGGGUGAAUAGUUUUAGCUUUAAACUACUGUUUUAAAUUGAGUAUUCCAAACCAUUGUUUGAACACUAUUGCAUAAUAUCUUUUUGUGUUAUAUACUAAUAAAGCAUAAUAUAUUUCUUUGUUUUGCUAUAAAACUAAUGGAAUUUUUAUGUUUUUCACAUUUUUUGUUUUGUAAUUUUGAAACCAUAAGAAUUUUGAAUCCUGCUUGAAAGAGAUUAGCAGAAUGAUUGACUUGCUAGAAGAAAUAUUUGGACUAGUUCAUUUAGUAAACAUUUAUGAUAUGUUAAGAUUUCUAGUCUCUAUUUAGAAUCCUUGAGUAUAUUUGAUGACCUUAAAAGAUUGAGAGCUGAAGUCAAAAUAAACUCAAGAAGUUUCCUUUAACAUUUGUGUCUAUUUUGAUACACCAUUAACCUUCACUGGAAAAAGUUAACAUUGUUACCCUUUUGCCCACCAACAUUAUUUGAAUGAAUUUUUUUUUAAAUUGUGAAUUGUACAUAUAUUUUCUUUUUUCAAUACAAGUUGUUUUUUUUUCUAACAUUUAUUUAAAUCAAAGUCUUUAAGUCAUUACAAGCACUAGUCAUGACAGUUAUAAAAAAAAUGUUUCUGAUAACAUGAAUCAGAAAGUACACACGACUUAUAUGAUCAGUUUAAAUACUGCACUGAUGAAAACAAACACAAAAUAUAAAUCAAAUAGAGAAAAAUACGCAGUUCUGUGUAUUUGUGUUUGUGUAUAUCAAAUAGAUAAAGAUACAAUGUUUUGUAUAUUUGUGUGUGUGUGUGUGUUUUUUCUUUUAUUAAUUUGUUUUUUGAAGUAGAGCUUUAUCAACCAGAUAUUUGAUAACAUUCAAGAGUUUUGUAAGAGAAAUACUGGAUUGUAUGUCUAAGGAAACAUUUGGUGAAAAGUCAGUUGAAAAGUAUAUAAUUUUUAUUGUACAUUGUCAAUUUUUAUUUGAAAAAAAUAAUAAUGUAAAACAUAAGUUUUGUCAUUUUUUUAAUAUAUUAAAUCCAAACCAGUCCCCCAUUUUUUUUUCAAAUAUACUUAAUUAGAAUGUUUUUCUACACAUAAAUGUUUUAAACUUUAGCUAUUUGUGUACACAUGUGAUUUUUAAAAACAAUGUAUCUAUCACUCUGCUGAUUUGGUUGCAUUGUUUGAACAUGCUAGGUUGUUGAUCUCUUUACUUCCUGUAGACCUCUAGGAGAUCCAUUUCAGUAACACAAGUCCAAUGCAUCAUGAGAACCAAAGUUUUAACAACCAUUAAAUAGUCCCAGCUUUGAAUCCAAAUGAAUCUCUGGAUUUAUUGUUUUUUCAAUUGAUCAGUGAUGAAGGCUAUACAUUUUUCAAUAAAUUGAUAACUUUACCUUUAAAAAUAAAUAUCUAAAUAAAUAAAUAUUUCAGCAUGUAUGUAACUUAUUAUUAAUGUUAGGUUCAUUGAGUUAUAAAUAGAAAUAGUAAAGUUCCCCUUUCAGACCUUGGGAUCUACAGGGAAGAUGAUGUAAAGGUUAUCUGUUUCUAUAGUCUAUGGUUAAGGAGCAAGGGUGUUAAGAGGCCAGUACAAUGACGAGCUGCUUUACUUUCCCAAAAUUAUGUCAGGUAUCCAUUAGAGUUGGGAGACUUCAGGGGCGCCUUUAAAAUCCCAAAAUUAAAAAUCCCAGUUUUCACCAAGAUUCAAACUCGGUACCCCUUUGCUCGGGAAGCCAAGCACUUUUACCAUUCAGCCUAAAGCCCCCAUAAAUAGAAUAAGUUAAAAAGAAUGAAAGUUACUUUUGUUUUUUUAUGGAUUUGAUAAAAACUAAAACGAAUGUUUCUGUUGACUUUCUUACAAUGUUUUAUAAAAUAUUAACAUUUUAAAAUUCUCAAAAUGGCAUUCUAGAUCUUUCUUGACCAUUUCAUUAAUUUACAAUUUGAUAGCAAUAAUGUCUUGUAUAAAAUUGAUAUUUGUUAGAAUAAUGUUUGGAAUGUGCAAGUUACUUCUGGGUUUUCUUAGCUAUAUACUGCACUGUUCCUUAGUCUUUGGACAAUAUAGUCUUAGCUAUAUACUGCACUGUUCCUUAGUCUUUGGACAAUAAGACUGUUAUGCUUUUGAGAAAAGUUUAUUUACCUCUGGAUGGGCAUUUUUUUGUUUUAUAUUGUGCACAUUUUUUAUGUACAAUAUUUUUAAAACCUCAAAUUGGCUUUAAAAAAAUGUAAAUCCCUUAUCUGUUCCAUACUAGUUGAUCCUACAUUAAUUGUUACUGUUUGAUUUCUUAUAAAUAAAGUUUGUAAAAUGUAAAUUUAACUUUUUGUACAAGAUAUCAACUUCUCCUUCAGUCCUCUCUACAUAUAUGGUGUCAAUAGUUUUGUCAUUAUUGGAGACAGGAGGUCUAAAAAUAAAUCCUGACUCUUGCACUUUGGAAAAAAAGUGUACUUUGCAUUUAGUAACUUAGUAAAUCAGAACAAAUAUUAGUUAUUUCUGCUGUUAGGCUCAGUAUAAUGUAAAAAAAUAUAUUAGUUCUGUAAACGCAUUGAGAAUUCUGAAAUUAUUAUUAUACAGAUAUAUAUACAGAUAUCUCUACAUAUAUAUUUGGGAAAUACCACUGACAGACAUCAAGAAAUCUCUGAAACCACAUACCUUGUAAAUGAAAUUUAGUACACGUUGGGUGCUCACUAAGAAAUGUUUUUGAUAGAUUCACACUCUAACAUUGGAGAUUGGUAACAAAAGCAUUAUCCAUUUAUUACUAUUUGUUCUGAUUUUUUAAAGCAUCUGAAUUUAAAUAACCAACCAAAACGAGACCUCCUUCGUUGUUAAAAUACUCAUUGGUGCUUAUCUCAUCAUUAUAAACUAUCUGAUAUUUCCUAUUUUUCCCCAAAAUACAAAAUACCUGCAUGAAUGAGUGUGUUUGUGUGUACUAAGCUAUAAAAACAAAAAUGAAAUUUGUGAAGGACUAUUUUUUUUUGUUGCAGUUGGAAUAAGAAAUACUAGAAUUCACAGGCCAAAAGUGUGUUACAAUGCUCAGUAUGCCAAAAAUAAGGAUUUGGGAAAAAAUCAAAACAAAAACAAACAUAUCAAGGAUUUCAACUUAAAGCUAGUAGAAUUCACAAGCCAAAGUAUGUGUGGGAGAGCAUUAUAACGCAGGCCAAUUCAUUGUAAGUGCAUAAACAAUAAGUCCCCUGAUAAAAAAAAAACCAACAAUAUAGAGCCUAUCAACUAGGGUUUCAACAUGGCAAAGCACAAGAGUAUCAGGAAUGCUAUAAUUCAUGAGCUAAGAGUCUGUGUGGGAAAGUUUUUUUUGGUUGAGCAAAAAAUGAGAUGGAAUUAUGUUAAAAAGAAAUGCAUGUAGGCCAUUUUGAAAUGAGUAUAUUGAGAUAAAUCAGGUAGCCAGAGGGUAAUCUAAUCUAUAAUAAAGCUAUGUAUAGUGUUGAAAAUAGUUUUGAAAUAUCCUUAUAAUCAUUAUGAAAAUAUUAUUUUACAUUCUGUUCAUUCCUUAUGCUUGUUGUGAUGUAAUAUAAACACAUCUAUAUUCGACUGUCAUUAUUUUACUAAAUGAUUUUAUUUGGAAUAUAUUUUUAUACAUAUUUGUUUUUGAGUUCUUGUAGAUAGUCUAUUUGUGUGGUUUAUAUUUGUCUACUUCAUCAGGGCCGGCCUUAGGCAGCCGCCUAAGGACUCUACGAAAUUGUUUUUUAAAUUUCAAAAUAUAGAUCAAAUCUCUAACAUAGCAGAAGUCUAGGGCUCUAUGUCUACUGUGAUUCAAGAUUUAUUCUUGAAUGUUUAGAUCUACUUGUUAGACUACAUAUGUUAGAAGAGUAUUGUUUCUUCCUUUUGAUGAAAUGUCAAAAUGUUAUUUCUAAUCUGGUGACUGUUAAGCACAUUUGUGCUAUCAGCAUUUUAUGAAUAAAAACCUAUUUGUUGAUUUAGAUAUAGUUACGGUACAGGAAGGUUUUUAAUUCAUUGGCCUUUUUCGGUCUUAAUUUUUUUUUGUGUUUUUCUAUUUCAUUUGGGGCCACCCUAUUAACUUUGCCUAGGCCCUCCAAUUACCUAAGGCAGGCCCUGACUUUGUUAACACAUAAAAUUGUAACAGUCUUGAUGAUUCACUUAGCUAUCUAUCUAUCAGUUGUGCCCAAAAUUACCAACACAUAUUGAGGGCCCUAAUUGUGUUUAACUGGCCAGUCUACAUUUUGUGCAAAUUGUAUGCCCCUUGAUUGAUAUUUUAGAAACAUACACACUUAACAUGUAUUAGUUUAGAUUACAAUGUGAUAAAUUUUAAGUGUUUCUUAUCUUGUGAUAAAUAAAUGUCUUUACUAAGAUGUAUUGGUAGAUCAUAUCAUUUGAUGUUAUGAUUUCAAUUGUGUUGCAUCUCUAAGAAUCACAGUUGAAUUAAAGGUGAUCUCAAACUAUUAGCAACAAAAAUGUCUUUUGUUUUAGUCUAUACUUGAAAUUUAAACUAGAAAAAACAAAAGCUUUGAGUCAUGCCAAAGUCAUUAAUUAGAUAAUAAUUUAAACCUUUUGUUUCAACCAUCCUUAUUUUACACAAAAAGGGAGUAACAUCAUCUUCACAUUGCCUCAUAAUGGUAGUUACUAAUUAUUUAUUGUUGAAUACUUAAUUUUACUUUAGACCUAAGGGUAUGAUUUAAUUUCAUGUUUCAUUAUUAUUACUUUUCAACCAAUCACUUUGGUUAUUCACCCAGGAAUAGUAUGGGCUCAUGUUUGAAUUUUAAAAAGACAUUUUUUUUAUUUUCACCCGCAGGUUAUGCUAAACCAAAAUUGUGUCUACAAAUAUUUUGGGAAUGUUUUUGAUGAACAAAACAAUACAACUGCAUUUGUUAGGUCAACGUUUCUCACACUGAGGGGAAGGGGGAUUGUACUUUCAUGUUAUUUAUCAAUCCAUGUUUGAUUUACCAAGUAGAAUGACAUUAUUAAGAAUGUUUAACAGAUUAAAAUAUUUAAAAGUCGUUUCAACUUCUAGUGACAACAUUUUAUAAAUGUAUACCAUCUUUGAGAGAAGCAUCUGCAAGAAUAUGACUUUUUUGAAAAAGGCAUUUCAAAACAUUUCCGCUAAUGUGAUUAUUCUCGACUUUCUUUGGUUAGAAUGGUUGAAAUUCUCCCGGCUGUUUUAUACGUAAUGUUGACGACUUUUGUGUGACAAAAUAAAAAGGUCCAAGGAAAGAAGUCAUACUUUGAGGAUGAACUUGUGAUGAUCACAUUGUAUUUCACGCCUAUUGCAGAUGUACGUAACUCGAAUGUUCUCUCAUAAUAGUAAUAGCCAGUGCUGCCUCUUUUUU